CUCCUCUGUCUGUGAUGUCUCCGGAAUGCUCUCUGCCUUUCAGGGGGAAGGAGAUGGGCGCCAGCACAGAAUUCGCCCUUUGAGGGUCCCUCGUGCCUUGGACCCACGGACAAAUCGCUCCGGCGGCGUCGCCUGUUGAACUCCGAGGGGGAGAACGCGAAAGGGGAAAGGCAAAACCCACACUGCCUCCCAACCCCGGGGAUUUGGAGUAAAUAGAAGAUAAAACAUUUCCCUGAUCCCCGCGGCUGUCUCGGGAGCAGACGGGGCUGCAGCCACCAUCUCUGGGCCCCGAGGAUGGUCGGCAGCGCGGCCGCUUUGCUCUUGUGGAAGGAGCCGCUGUUCUGCGGAAGGUGGACGGAACCGCUCCCGGGAAGCAGCCGCUGGCCCGGUGAGCCCUGAGCGCCGCCAGCGCCGCUGCACGGUGAUGCUCUGACCAUGAAAAGGUGCUGCGAGGGCGUCAGGCUGCCAUGCCUGCUUAAGGGUGUUGGUAUGGCCAGCCCCCGGCCACCCAAAUACCUCCUCGUCUUCGAUUUUGAUGAGACCAUCAUCAACGAGAACAGUGAUGAUUCUAUCGUCCGGGCAGCGCCGGGGCAGGUGCUCCCAGAGCACAUCCGACAGACCUUCCGCGAGGGCUUCUACAACGAGUACAUGCAGCGCGUCCUGGCGUACAUGGGGGACCAGGGCGUCAAGAUGGGGGACUUCAAGACAGUCUAUGAGAACAUCCCCCUGUCCCCCGGCAUGCCGGACCUCUUCCAGUUCCUCUCCAAGAACCAUGAGCUCUUCGAGAUCAUCCUCAUCUCCGAUGCCAACAUGUUUGGCAUCGAAUGCAGUCUGAGGGCAGCCGGUUUCUACUCCCUCUUCCGCAAGAUCUUCAGCAACCCAUCGAGCUUUGACAAGAGGGGGUACUUCACCUUGGGGCCCUACCACAGCCACAAGUGCCUUGACUGCCCAGCCAACAUGUGCAAACGCAAAAUCCUAACGGAGUACCUGGCAGAGAGAGCCCAGGAGGAGGUGGAGUUUGAGAGGGUCUUCUACGUAGGAGAUGGCGCCAAUGACUUCUGCCCUUCCGUGACUUUGACUUCAGCUGACGUGGCUUUCCCGCGGAAGGGCUACCCCAUGCACCAGAUGACCCAAGAGAUGGAGAAGAAGCAGCCUGGAGCCUUCCAGGCCACCGUCGUUCCCUGGGAGUCGGCUGCAGAGGUUGCCCGUCAUCUCCAGGAGGUCCUCAAGAAGAAGUGUUGAGGAUGGCUCGGCCGAGACUUGCGUACAUAAGCAGCUGGGAAAGGAGAAGCCCUGGGGGGGUCACAUGCUGUACCCCAUGCGCAUCAGCACUGUUCGCUCAGUCCCGCUCCUGGGCUGCUUUCCUGCCUUUCCUCUCGCAGCUCCUUUCUCCCCAGUGAUUCAAAGCACUUUCUCCUCCCCUGCCAUGUUGAGAUGAAGCCUUCUCUAUGCAGCUUGGCUCUCUGCUCCAGCGUGGGUGUUUGCCAGCAUGAAUGCUGACUUGGUUCGAUGGGUGGUUGGGGUUUUUCCCUUUUGACCUCACAAGAGCAAUUCCUGAAAGACCGAAGCCAUCUCCCCACGGGCUGGGCCCUGCGCACGUGUCCUCUGCCUUCAUCCCCCUCACCGGCAGCAGGAGCUGCGUGUGGUUGCCUUGGAGCUGAUGCCUGAGGGCUCCGUGCCCCUUUGGGAGGGAAAUCCGUGCUGCCCCGGCUCCUCAGCCCCCUGGGCAGGGCAGCUCCUGCCUCAGCUGCUGAACUUCAUGAUUGCAUUAAUGGUCCCUUGAGACUUUAUUCCCUGAAAAAAACAUGAUGUGAGGGACAGGAAAGCUUUUGGAAAGGUGGCACCUUGGAAAAGCCCUUCAGCCCCAUCUCUACCUGCUUGCCCAGAGCGCGGGCACAGCAACCUCCUUGCUCUGUGGGGAGGGGGACCUGCCCUCACCUUCCACAUCCAUCCUUGACUUCUGCUUCCAGGGCAAAGCCUCCCCGGUGCCCCCGGGGCAGACGGGGUCCUCCUCGCCCCAAGCCCUUCCCGGUUGUCUCCCUGUAGCCGCUGGCUCGCGCUGACCCCUCUUUCCCGGGGCUGACGUCCACGCUGAGCGGUCGAGGUGCUGAGCCUCCCGCGGGAGGUGUGGUGCUGGGGUGGCACUUCUGCCAUUGGGUCCCCGGAGGCCAAACCCCACCCCUUACCCCACUGCAGUAUUAAUUACCCCUUCUAAUUGCAUUCUACGGGGAGACCCUAUCCCCACUGCUGUCUGGUGUUGGCUUCUCCCGGGUUUCUCCACAGCCUUACAGCCCCGAGGGCGGCUCCCGACUCCCGAAGCGCAGAAACCCAACAGCGCAGAAAUAACCAAAGCAGCCCGAGUGGUUCCUCCUCUAUUCCAUUCCCCCCCUCUUUGUUCUUCCUUCUCCAGACUCCGUUCAACUGUGUGGAACGUAAAGCCAUGAAAUUAAAAGAAUCUACAUAUCGAUGUCUGUAGGCAGCGCUCGCUGUGCUGCAGCUCCAGGAGCGUUUGUAUGUCGGACAUAAACCUGGUGUGAAUCCGC